GAAGAGGUCGGCGCCGUAGCGGAGCGCUCGGGCUGUGUGUGGGUCUGUGUGUGAGCCUGGGCCGCGGACGGUUUACUGAACCCGUUAGUGCCCCCGGCCGAGACUCGCCGCUGCCGCCGCCAUGUCCCGCUACCUGCGCCCCCCGAACACGUCUCUGUUCGUCAGGAACGUGGCGGACGACACCAGGUCUGAAGAUCUACGGCGUGAGUUUGGUCGCUAUGGUCCUAUAGUUGAUGUGUAUGUUCCACUUGAUUUCUACACUCGCCGUCCAAGAGGAUUUGCUUAUGUUCAAUUUGAGGAUGUUCGUGAUGCUGAAGAUGCUUUACAUAAUCUGGACAGAAAAUGGAUUUGCGGUCGUCAGAUUGAAAUACAAUUUGCACAGGGGGACCGGAAGACACCAAAUCAAAUGAAAGCCAAGGAAGGGAGAAAUGUGUACAGUUCUUCACGUUACGAUGAUUAUGACAGAUAUAGACGUUCCAGAAGCCGAAGUUAUGAAAGAAGGAGAUCAAGAAGUCGGUCUUUUGAUUACAACUAUAGAAGAUCUUACAGUCCUAGAAACAGUAGACCGACGGGAAGACCUCGCCGUAGCAGGAGCCAUUCCGACAAUGAUAGAUUCAAACACCGAAAUCGAUCUUUUUCAAGAUCUAAAUCCAAUUCAAGAUCACGGUCCAAGUCCCAGCCCAAGAAAGAAAUGAAGGCUAAAUCACGUUCUAGGUCUGCAUCUCACACCAAAAGUAGAGGCACCUCUAAAACAGAUUCCAAAACACAUUAUAAGUCUGGCUCAAGAGAUGAAAAGGAAUCAAGGAAAAAAGAACCACCUAGAUCCAAAUCUCAGUCAAGAUCACAGUCUAGGUCUAGGUCCAAAUCUAGAUCAAGGUCUUGGACUAGUCCUAAGUCCAGUGGCCACUGAUAGCAUAAACCAUGAUAAUUUUUAGGCAUGUAUCAUUCAUUUACUUAUAGUUUUGGUUUACUUAAAUUAUCAGGAAUACAAUGUUGCAAUGAUGCUUAAAAAACACUUGUUAGUUGUCCCUGUACCAGGCGAUGGUGAUAAUUAAAAUGAUAUGCUGUUGAGAAGCCACUCGUAGGAGUCCAGUUUGUUUAAUGUUACGGGCAGCUACCAAUUUGUGGUGUCUCUGUAUAUUUUUGUAAAGAUUCUCAUUUUUUAUGCUUGAAGUAUUUGGUGAAAAGAUGUUGGUUGACCUUAAUUUGCAACAUUGUCUUAUUAAAAUGAACUUUGAUAUCCAUAUUUGGUAGAACUGUUAACCUUGAGCUGUAGCUUGCUAAUAAGAUAGAAUGAUACAGAAGUGAAUAGCCACAGUAUAGCACUGACUGCUCAGACACAGCAGGGUCAGAGUGGACCUUUAUGUCUUGCCCAGGUGCCGAGGCCUGACCCUGCUGACAGUUUAUUUAUGACACGGUUGGAACUAGUUGUUUUUGAACCCCAGUCUGGGGGAAUACCCCCCACCAAGCUGGGUUAAAUAGCAUUUUCAGGGCUAUUGAAGUUUUGGCUAAACAUAGAGCCUUCACUGCUUUUUCUCUUGUUUCUAGUUUAGAGCAUACAGACAUCAAAAAAAACUCACCUUAGAAUUUGAGCAGGUCCCUGAUGGCAGAAAUAAUUUCAAGGGGAAAAAAGAUGUUCUUGUGUAGUUACUCUAAAGUUUAAGUAGCAUUGUUGACUAGUUUUCUUACUGCUGUUAAAAGCACGUAAGUUGUUUCAAAGUUAGUUUGGUUUCUGUGUGUGUGCCUAGUGUCACAGUGUUAGCUUAUAGCCCUGAAUGGGUGCUUUUGUAUCCAGACAGGCCUCAGCUUCUUGAGGGAGACUCACUCUUCACACCUCAGUUCUAGCUAAAGUGAGGCAAGUUGGAACGAGAAGCUGCACUCCCCGUUUUCUAAAUGAUUCUGUGGUGCCAUGAAAUGCAGAAUAAUUUGGGGAAAGGAUUAGUUUUAAGCAGGAGUCAUCUCUCGAUUUUUAACUAUCUGUGUGGUUGAAUGAACAUGAGGAAUACCCUUAACCAUUUAUAUUAUAUAAUUUUUAGUGUUUCUCUGAAAGGUCAUUUUAAGGCAAUAAAGUGACAUGUCCAGUCUCAUUUCAGAAUAAAGCUGGCGUCUUUUAAAUCUCAGAUUGCUUGCUUAUCUAAGUAAUUUGUAGGAAAAUGAUUCCUUUUAGGAGGAAUACUUUUUCCAAUUUUGGUUUUAGAAAUCUAGGCUUUGCCUCUGAAGAACAAAAGGAUGGUUUUUAGAUACUGUGGAAUGUGUUUGAAGGAUUGAUUCUAGAACCUUUGUAUAUUUAAUAGUACUUCUAACUUUCAUUUCUUUACUCUUUGCAGUUAAUGUUCAUGUUCUGCUAUGCAAUCAUUUAUAUGCACGUUUCUUCCUUUUUUUUUUUUUUAAGAUUUUUCCCAAUGUGUAGUUUAAACAACAAAGUCUAUUUAAACUUGUAGCAGUAGUUUGCAGUUCUAGAAAAGAGGAAAGUUGUGGGGUUAAACUUUGUAUUUUCUUUCUUAUAGAAGCUUCUAAAAAGGUAUUUUUAUAUGUUCUUUUUAACAAAUAUUGUGUACAACCCUUAAAACAUCAAUGUUUGGAUCAAGAUAAGACCCAGCUUAUUUUCUGCUUGCUGUAAAUUAAGCAACCGUGCUAUAAUAAAAACAAAAUGAAGGAAAUAAUGAUUAACUGGAAUUAUUAUAGUACUAAAUAUGAUUCUAAAUAAUGGAAAUAGCAUUUUGUAGCUGUAGGAUUUUUUUUUAAUCAGUGUUGCACUGGGCACAACUUUGGAGAUGAUAGAAAUCGCCAGAAAGCUACAUCUUUUACGUUGAAUUAAGAAUUCCAUAUGUAAUAUCAAAAGUUAUUUCAGGAUUUUUCAUUUUAACCCCCUUGAGUUAAGUAACUUAGGCUUAUUUGUUAGUGUUAGGUACACAUUCAAAUGAAAUUGGGUCAGCUGAUGAUAAGUUUAUAUUUUUUUGUUGGAUCAGUAAUUCUGCUCUGCCUCUUCCUAAACUAGCUGCAUUGGGGCUAACAGCUUAAGGCAAUCUUCUAAAUCUUUGAAUGUUGGUGAGCAGUUAAUGUGAAUUGAUAAUCACUUUAGGGAAGCAGCAUAGGUGUUUUAUGGUUUUGAUUAAAUGAUAGCUGAUACUUUAUUGAGUGUUUAUGAUGUGCCAGACACGCUUUUGAAAGGCUAUAUGUUGACUCAUUUCCUGUUCACAAAGCUCUUACUUGAACUAAAUGAUAAUUAAGGAAGCUUAAGCGCAAAGAAGUAAAAGGCAAGAGCCAGGAUUUGAGCCCAGAUGGUCCUUGGGUUUGUUUGGUAUUUUUUGUCCAAAACAUAUCAGCGAAUUAUUCAGUCGAUUGAGGACAUGGCCCUCAUUGAAAUUGUUCUCAAUCUGUAUGGAACUAGAAGGCCUGAUCUUGGUUUGGUUUUGUUUUGCUUUAACUUGCAUUGGGUCUUAAAAUUCAAGAGUAUUUUCUCUAGAGCCUUAUAUGUUAUUUAUAAAGUGAUGUACAUAACAGUUUCAGAAGAACUGUUGUGGUUGAGCCAUCGUGUUUCCAAGACUCUUAAUUCAUGAGGCGGCUCUACAGGCCAUGUUUAAGCUCAUCUGGGUUAUACCAUUCUAAGAUGUGUCUGGCCCUGGGCUCAAUGGUAAAAUAAUCCGGUUGUCAUUCAGGUGAAGGCUGACAGCUGUUCCUCUCUUUUUACUUAAGAUUGCUCUGCACUUGUUUAAGCCAAGUAAGCAAGAAGAAAAAAAAAAAUGAGAGAUAAUGCUUCAGUGAGAAAGGAAAGGUGCUACCUGUAGUGUGAGCUGUUAGAUUAACCACCCAGGGAAAAGCCUGGGGACUGUUGUACUAUUCUCUUGAAAAGUUGGCUCAGUAAGCUGCUACAUCCAGUUCAACUAACAAAAUCCUGUAUACCACAGAGAAGAAUAAAAGAAAACCAAACUGACAAACAUCCUUCUUUUAUUUAAGACCAAACUGCAGCUGGAAUACCCAGUACAGUUCUGCUUACUACACUUCAAGAAAGAUCUGAAAGCGGAAAAAGAACCAAAGAAGGGCAGUUCAAGCGACCAAAGGGUGGGUGGAAGGUGCUGCAGUAUGAAUACUGUACGAAUAUUUUGACUCUGGUCUGAAAAGAUAAGAAUUAUCGAAAACUACAUGGAAUAAUUGAAGUCCCUUCAAGUUUGAAAGUAAGCAUUUUAGGACAAAUAAAAGGAAGUUCAACUUUGUACUUGUGGAAACUAAUCCCUAAAUAUGAAUAGGUUUAUAUUGAUUCAUGGGUAACAGGUCCGUAAUAAAUUAUUGGAAACUAGGAUGUCGGAAUAUCAAGGAAGACAGCCAUAGUCUAUUACAGUGCCUCUGUUGGUCUGUCUCAAACUGAAUUGGAUGGGAAAAGGUAAGGUAUGGUCCAAUGUAAGCUUUUUGUGGGUUAUCCUUAAAAUUCCAUUUUUGCCAUUAUUGGCAAACCUUGCCUUUGUUUAUUCUGGUGCCAGUGUUUUCUGCUUAAUCGUUUGCUUUGUUGGCAUCUGAGUAUAAUUGCUUAUAUACCAAUACAGUUGACUUCUUCAACCACUUUUUCCCACGUAGAUUCCAAUUAUACUUGACAUCCAGCUGAGAGGGCCCAUCUCUUCUCAACUCUUUCCUGAUCAGUAUGUUCAGUGAAUAUUUAUUGAGCCCUUAACAGUGGGCAAAAGUUUGUACUAGAUAAUUGGAUAGAAAAAUAGGUAAUUUCCAUAUUCAAUAAAUGUCUACUGAGCACAAUCUAGUGAAUCAUUCAUUACAUGUGGCCUCAUUGUUUUCUUUGAGGUGUAGUAUUUGUGACUAUAUUACACCAUUUACAUUUUAAUGUAAUUAUAAAAGCCAGUAUGCUAUCAAAGAUAAGUAAUUUUGUGGUUAUCUGCCUUUAAAAAAAAGUAUCCAGUAUUUGUUUGCAUCCCAUUAAUACAAAUAAUGAAAAUAAUUUGUUUUGAUCUGUAAUAAACUGAUUUAUUGUGCUGUUACUGUAAUAUAUUAAAGUAAUAUUAAAUUGUUAACUCUGCCUCAUCAAAUACAUAUUAGAAAGAAUCCCACAAAUAAGUAUUUAACUUUGCAUUAGAUAUCAAGGGGACACUGGGUGCUAUAAUUAGAUUGUUUUGAGGCAGACAGAGAGCUGUUACCCCAACUGAUUUAGUAUGUUCUGUAAUGAGAAGAUGUUCACCAAAUUAUACUUUUCAGUGAUUUUCAUGUACAUUUUAUAGGGAACAUGUUCUGUGUAUAGUGAAUAAAUAACUUUUAUAGUAUCA